AUGCGACCGGAUUACUACACAAUCUUGGGGGUAUCCAGAGAAGCUUCCAAGGAAGAGAUAAAGAAAGCCUACCGCAGACUUGCUCUAACAUACCACCCAGAUAAAAAUUCAACUCCCGGAGCAGAGGCAAAAUUUAAGGAAAUAACCCAGGCUUAUGAGGCGAGUCCUAAUAUCAUUAAGUUAUUCUCUUACGUGAAUAACAAAGCUACUUGUAAUUUAUUUCUAUCCGAAGUUCAUUCAACGUUUGUUUUCAGCAAAUCUGACAACCAGGUUGGUGCCUUUUCAUCGGUGGCUAGUGAGCGCAAACAUCACCAUCACGUUCCUUCACGCAAGGCCCCUGAUACUGAGCACUUUGUAAAAGUCACGCUAGAGGAUCUUUUGAGUGGUGUGUGCAAGAAAAUGAAGAUCAGCCGGCGUCGUUUCAAUAAGGUAGCGCAGAAUUUUUUUCAGGAAGAGCGGGUCCUUUCAUUUAACAUCCCACCAGGGGCUCGCAACGGCACGAAGAUCCGAUUUCCUGAUGAGGGAAAUGAGACGUUAAAUAUGGCGCCUUCUGAUGUUGUCUUCGUACUCGUGGAGCAGCCUCAUGACCUUUUCAUCCGGGAUGAAUGCAAUCUACACACAGGGUGCAAGAUUGACCUGAAGCUCGCACUUUUUGGUGGUACCCUUGUAGUAAGUUUAAAGAAUGAGUCCUUUUCUGUGAGAAUGGAGCCUAUGACAUCGUCUCUUUCUCCCCUCGUCAUUCCAAACGGCGGACUCCCGGAGCCCAUGCCCUCGGAGGAGGGUGAACCGAAGAGAUUUGACCGCGGGAACCUUAUUGUGCACUUCGAGAUCGAACUUCCCAAGCUGUCGCCCAACAAACAAGAUACAAAUACCAUAAAAUCAGCCCUUCCUGGCUUGGGUCAAAUGAAAGUGCAAUCACAUGUAAUGACCCUACGUUCGUCUGCUAACUCAUCCAUGCGAGCAUGGCGCCGAUACUUUCCACUUGUUUCCAUGGAGUCGGUGACUGAUCUCUUCGAGGAAAUGCUUCAAGGCAGCCACAUCUCCGAUGCGUCUUCAAAUUGCUCCUCCACUGGGACUUCUGUAAAUUCGGAACCUAAUUUGGCUUUCAUAUCCAUUAUUCUUGGGUAUAUCGAGACGCAUAUCACCACCAUGUCUUGUCCUGUGGAAUCAGUACAAAAACCAAAGUCUGACCUCGUUAAUUCGCGAAAACGGAUCGUAACUGGGAAAUCAAAUCGUAGUUCCAAACGGCCCAACUUACGGCCUUCCUCACCAACUAUUGGCGGAACGGAAUCCUCUGCAUUGGGGCCUUCAGUUGUCGAAAUUCCAUCCGAUGCCAGUGUUGCGUCAAUUAGCGUUUCAUGCUGUGAAAGUCCUGCCCCUGCAGUUGGAGAUGCAAUAUUUUCUACAGACUCAGAGGUGCUAACACCAAUUGAAACGAAGUGUUCGUUUCCUGUAUUACGUUACGAGGAGGUAGAACUUCUAUAUCAAAAAUUUUACUCAAUGAUUGUUAAUCACCCAAAGUUGGCAUCGUUAGCAAAGAUAAAUCAUGAUCAAGCGGGUACUAAAAAGGAAACUGUCAUUCCCGAAAGCAUGCCCUCAAAUCGGAGGUUGGUUAAAUUGGUCUGCGAUAUCCUCUGUGCACACAUGUCUUCAGGACGCCAGCGUGAACAUCUUGCACACGCCCAAUCAAUCUACUCCCUCCUCAAAAAUGGUCAACUGGAUAGUUUUGGUCUCGCCUACACCACCGUAGCUGCAUGUCAGCUUCUCGGCUACACAGAUGUCCAUUUAGCCCUGUCGGAGGAUCAUGCGUGGGUUGAAUUCGGGCCACCCGACAGACGAGAGACGGCAGAUGUUUCCGUAAUGCCAGCACUUGAGCCGGGGGAGGCAAUUUCUCCACAAAAAGCCCCCCUUGAUGCCAAUUCCACUUCCUUCGUAUAUCCUCCGCCCGUUCGACUAGAUCAUUUACUGAACUCAUGGCUCUACCUUAAUGGCUAUCCCGUGGUUUGCAACCCUCUUGUGCUUUCCGUAGCUGCAGCAGUGACUGCAAUCCAGCCCUGUGGUCUCUCGAAAUCCGUGCGGCCACAGGAACAGGUGCCCAAGAGGUCUCGAUUGAGGACUAACUCUGUGGCCUCUGCAGAUAGUCCAAGCCCGCGGUGCUACCCCGGAUACUGUGUGGAAACUAUUUCUCCUCAGUUAGUCCAGCUAAAGCAAAACCUAUUGUGGAUUGUCUAUCGGGCUGGUCUGCUUAAUCAGUAUCCCUUGGGGCUAACCAACUUAGCAGACAUUGAAGAAGGUUAUCCUUCUGGUGUUCGGCUUGAGGAUUUACCCGGUGACCUGUUGUUGCCUUCUUCUAUGUACCCAAUGCCUGAAAUAGUUGAAGUGUGUGGUGGGAUAGCCACAGAUACUCCCGCCUCUAUACCUCCUGAUGUUCCGCUUAGCCUCUUACGGAGAGCAGUGGAAAUCGAUCGUGUUUACUUCCAAAACCAGCACGUCUAUCCCUACAUAUACCUGGCUAACUACCUCUAUCGCCGUGGUGAUUUGAUAGGUGCCUUGAGGUAUUGGGCUGAAGCUGGACGCGUAAUUGGCCAAUACAACCACAGUUCUGAAGACGCCGAAAUAUAUCGCGAGUUCCUUGAUAUAGCAACACGAGUAAUACCAGACAUGUUCAAGUCGUUCUCCGUCGAGAAUCGGACUACCGCUAACAUCAGCUCAUCUGUAAACGAGAUUUCUGUCGACGGUGUUCAGCCCACGAACCUUCUUGAUAGUCCGCUGUGCCUGGCCUACCUACUGGCCUUCUAUGAUCACCUGUGCCUCUGGGAAGAGGAUUCAGUCGUGCCGGUUCUUCACGUCGGCUGGGUGGACAAGUUGAUGGCGUCGUUGACACGUUUCUCGGCGGCUGCACGCAGUCAACUGCACGUAGAAGCAACACGUGGCAAGGAGGACGAGGACACGCCAGCGACUGCUGCACCCACAACCCCCAGUCUCCUCGAUAACCACCACCGCCACCAUCAUCCCGUUGGAGCAGUUGUCACGCGUUCUAGUGCCAUCAGAGGCACAGCGCCCUCUCCGCUGCCUGUUGCCGUGGAGGAGGAGGAACAGCUCCACGAUAAGCGGGCUCUUAGGGUCAUUUUACCGCCAGCGUCUGCAUCAAUGUCCUUCCAAAGCCCUUCCACCACCAGUUCAUCGGCUCCCUCAAUGUUUACUCCUGUGCCUUCUGGGGGCCGGGAGUUGUGCCAAACUCUAUCGCAUUCUCGUACUAUCCUAGAUCCUCCAGAUGAUUCAAAGCAAGGAUCACUGAUAGCAGCCCAGCAGCCACCAGGCGCGCCCCCUCCACCGUCGUGCCCCACCAAGCCCGUCCUCCACUCCGAUGAGGAGAUCCUGAAGGAUGACUUCCUCGAUAGCUACGUCUUUUCGGUCGACGCCUCUUUCUCAAAAGACGAGCUCAUCUCGCGGCUUGCCCGUGCUUCCCAGUUCCGUUUACUGAAUCCGGCUUUUCUUAUGGGGGAUCUCUCGGCGUCUCCGUUCGUAUCCCCAGAAGAGUUAGAUGCCUUUCUAAUUGAAAAGGAACCUGCGGAGGUCAGGUUAACAGGCGAUCAGGACAAGCUCCAUCCAGCAUCAACGGUCUCGCUCACCGAGGACCAGAAGAAACAGAACCAUGAAGUCGGGUUAGACGUUGACGCGGCUACCGAUUCCACAGUGGGUCCUAGGCGUUCCUUCUCGCCAGAGUCCUCGGCGUGCCCCUCCCUCUCCUCCAUCCCGCCCACACCUCCCACCUUUCCCCUGCCCGCAAGUCCGGUGGGCGCGCUGCACGCCGCCGCGGAGGAAACCGCGCGCGACCACGUCGACCGACUCAAAACCAGUCCACUGCGAACCCCUGAGUCACUUGCGAAAGAAGUCACCUCCCCUACAGGACUGGCGAGUAAAUCGGCCUUACUUAACCCGAACUUUCCUACCCCGCCUCCCUCUCACCAGGCAGAGUCUGUGGCAGCAGAUGAUGUCAGACCCCCUGGGGUUUAUCUGCGUCUUUUUUCUGCAAAAAUGAGUCGUAUCGCCAAACUCCUCACUGCACCGGGCUGCCUCAAGUCCUCCGCCAUCAAGUUGACCCUCACGGCACAGAGCGAGGUCAACUUCACACGUCGCCGUGCCUCCACCAUGGCGGCCGCGCGCUGGAAGCCCCACAACGCUGCCGCCACUGCCGACCCCCCCUCUUCGUCAUAUCGGCGGCCCGCACCGGCCACUGGAUAA